GUGUCUCAGUGCCAAAUAUACCGUUGCGCGCGGAAGUCGUGUUCCGUUCAUGUCCCACAAUCCCCUUCGAAUCGCUGUGCGGUACCGUCAGUAGUUCUUUCGGCGUAUUUACCCGACUUUUGUUGUUGGAGUAGUUGCUUGAAAUAAUAUUAUCCCUGAUCCAUUAAUAAUUACAAAAUUGUGGUCUUAAUCAACGAUUGUGCGAGUGUUUAUUUCGAUUGGCCAUGCCACCAAUAUUGUUGUUGCAACGUUGCUCGAGUUGUUGAUUUUUGUGUGUUUGGGGUAAGCGUCGCGUCUUACCGGCUCGCGGCUGUGGCGUCUCUGGGUCUAUCGUCCUACUAAUUAAAUUGUGUUGCAAAUAAAAAAAUGUAGACAGCAGCCACAGUAGCAGGAAACAUGGAAAGGCGUUGUUCUUCUGUCGUCUCGCUGGUCUAUUUAUAAAUUGAUUUGCUGAUUCCUUCUGACAAUUCGCCCCCAGAUGGUAUAUUCCACUGCUGCAGCCAGAGCCCUGCACACAACCGACCGACCCAGAAAUAGUACUGCUGCUGCUGCUGCUGCUCCGGAAAACAAUCCAUGCAAAAAGCUGCGUCGUAUACCAAUUAAAUGGACAGCAUUUAAAAAAAUAAUAAAAACAUAAACAGCAUUAAACAAUCAAGUAACAAAAACUGUGCAGCGAUUUCAAUUAAAAAAAAGUAGUGAAAAAAUAAAUAUGUUACAAAAAAAUUGCUUUGCCGUGGCACUAAUUAAUUAAAACCGUUUUCCUCCAUAAUUGAUAAGGCAAACAAAACGCUGAAACAAAGUAAUCCAUACCGUUUAACCAACAUGUUUAAUCACUUUGCAACAGUUCUAAUGAAUCUCUUAAUGCUGCUCGGUUGUCUAUUGGCCACGACGACGGCUUUGAGCACCGAUACGGGCAGCGAGGGAAACGGCGUCAGCGUCGGCGGUUCUACCCUCAAUAAUGUCAUCAGCGAAGAUCCCGAGUUCACAGAUGUCAUUGAGAAUAUCACUGUACCCGCGGGGCGUAAUGUCAAAUUGGCCUGUUCGGUCAAGAAUCUUGGCUCCUACAAGGUGGCGUGGAUGCACUUUGAGCAAUCGGCCAUUCUCACCGUACACAACCAUGUGAUAACGCGUAAUCCGAGGAUUAGUGUUACCCAUGAUAAGCAUGACAAGCACCGCACCUGGUUCCUGCACAUCAACAAUGUCCAGGAGGAGGACAAGGGCCGCUACAUGUGCCAGAUCAAUACGGUGACGGCCAAGACCCAGUACGGCUUUGUCAAAGUUGUUGUGCCACCGAACAUCGACGAUGCCCUGACCUCCAGCGACGUCAUCGUGCGAGAGGGCGAUAAUGUGACGCUCCGUUGCAAGGCGAAAGGCAGCCCCGAGCCGACCAUCAAAUGGAAACGAGACGACGGCCACAAGAUUGUCAUAAAUAAAACGCUCGAAGUGAACGACCUGGAGACGGACUCGCUUGAACUGGAGCGCAUCUCGCGGCUGCAUAUGGGGGCCUAUCUGUGCAUUGCCUCGAACGGAGUGCCGCCCAGCGUCUCCAAGCGGAUCAAAGUCAGUGUGGACUUUUCACCCAUGGUCUGGAUACCCCACCAACUGGUGGGCAUUCCCAUCAGCUUCAAUGUCACUCUGGAGUGCUUUAUCGAGGCGAAUCCCACAUCACUGAACUACUGGACACGCGAAAACGAUCAAAUGAUCACGGAAUCCCCAAAGUACAAAACCGAAACGAUUCCGGGCCAUCCAUCGUACAAGGCGACCAUGCGGCUGACGAUCACCAAUGUCCAGGGCAGCGACUACGGCAACUAUAAGUGUGUCGCCAAAAAUCCUCGUGGCGACAUGGACGGCAACAUAAAGCUGUACAUGUCGAGUCCACCCACCACACAGCCCCCGCCCACAACCACAACACUGCGGCGCACGACAACCACAGCGAUGGCAAACACUUUGGAUGGCUACAACACACCACUGAACGGCAUCGGAGGAGGACCCACGAAUUCGGUGAUUGUGAUUGACAAAUUGGGCAUCAAAUAUCAGUCGAAUCUGAAUGAGAUUGGCAAGUCCGAGCAGAAGCUGACGGGCAACAAUCCCAAGGGCUAUGACUGGUCCAAGGGCAAGGGCAGCGCCAGUCGUCUCCAUCGACCCCUUCUGAUCUGCUGGCUCCUGACACUCCUCUCCCUGCUGCUGGCCACGCACUCGCACGGUUAGAGCUCUAUUGCAUAGAAAAUAUAUCCCUAUAUUAUAUAUAAAGUGCCAUUAAAAAACAAAACAAGCCAUCACAAAAUGCAAUGAGCAACAAAACAGACACAGGACACGCCACAGGACACACCACAGAACACACCAAGCCCGUAAAAGCAAAAAAUUAUGAAACACCAACAAAAUAUGAACUUAAUUAAGCAAAUUGCCAAACGCAAAGCCCAUUCAAGCUUUUGGUUAGCAUUGUUUGCCUUUUCCACCCGCUUCGAAGCUCCAUAAAUAUUUGAUUCGAUUUUCGGCCCAGCCAACAAAAAAGAUGAACACGUAGCCUAGCAUUUUUAAAACGACAACAAAAAAUGUUUUGGCCAAACAAAAGGCAGUAAAUUAAUCAACAAAAAGGUGCGUUCCAACACUCCGACUAGGGUUUUACACUCCAAAAGAGGAUUCAUUUAAUUGUUUCAUUUUAUUUGGGUAUAAUUCUCCUAUCUCUUAGGUGUCUAUAGCAUAGCUUUCUCUUGGAAAAAAUUAGUGAUAAAUCAACCAUACACUCUAAAUCUUAACUAAUUUCCAACCGUUUAAGAAAUGUAAAAGCACUUAAAGAUGGACCCGAUUUGAUUCAAUUUUAGUUAUAUUAUUUGGGUAUAAUUUAUCAUUUCCUUUCUAUAGAUUUAAAUCUAAUUUUUGAGAAUAAAGUAAAUUAUUAAAAAAAUUGGCGACAAGCAUUUUCAGGCAGUAAAUUAAUGAAUUUUUAAUUAUAUUAUUUUGGUAUAUUUUUCUCAUUCUUUUUGUCGUUUCUUUAAUAUAGAUCAAAAACCAAUUUAUCAGAAUUUUAAAGUAAAAUUUUAUGAAAUUGUGGACAACCCGUUUCAGGCAGUAAAUUAAUAAAUUUUGUGCCAAUUCAAGCAUGGAGUUCUAUUAAUUUUAUUUACUUAUUAUAUUAUUUUUUGUGGUUCUACCAAUUUAUCAUCAUUUUUAAAGUAAAUAAUUAUAAAAUUCAAUGAUAUUGUUCAGGCAGUAAAUUAAAUAAUUUUUUACCAAU